AUGGAACAUUUUUUAACUUCUUAUCUACAUGGUAAUACAUCGAUGGUACGAGUACGUGGAAAUACCUUUGGACCUGAUGAUCCUAACAAUAUGGCAAACAAGUUACCCGAUUGGUUACAAAAGGCAUUGGCUUCUUUAACACUGACAGUUCCUUUCCAGGGUACAACUCAUAGUGACAUUAUCCAAUCUUUGACUAUGGAUCACAUCAAAAUCGACUUUUCAAUGGUGACAAGGGAACCUUUAGUAUCAGGGGAUGCAACAGCUCUUUUACAACUUCCAAGGGAAAUGCAACUUUCUUUAGACGUGACUGAAAUCGAUCCGGAUGUUUAUAUUUAUUUGGAAAAAGACUCUCAAGAACCGUUUGCACAGAUCUCUCCAACUACACCAUGUGCAUCCAAAACCAUCCAUCGUAGCGAAGACAAUACCAUUCCUGAGGAUAUGUUUAUGGUGAAAUCAAGAAUCAACAGGGCACCAUUCAAAGUAUUGAAUGGUCAUGAAAAUGAAUUUGAAAAGUUUUUGGAUCGACUCUAUCAUCAACGCAAUAGUACAGUAUAUCUUCAGGGAACAGCAAAUGCCAAAGUAGAAAGUGAUCUUGGGAAACUAAUGGUACAUGAUUUGAAAUUCAAAGGACAAAUCAAUACAAUAGGAAUGCAAGGCAUGAAGAAUCCACCGCCAAAAGUGACAUCUAUGACGAUUGAAAAAGGAUAUCCUGAUGCAUUACAAUUCAAGACAAGGAUCAUCAUCACCAAUCCUUCUGACAUAGAUAUUAACAUGGGACCUAUUACAUUUGUCUUGUCGUACAAUCAAAUCGAAAUUGGAAAUGUUACCAUUGAAAAUUUGAAUUUAUUGCAUGGUGCAAAUAAUGAAUUUGAUGCCAUUGGAUAUAUUUCUAGUGAACCUACUAAACAUCAUGAUAUUUGUUGGAAACAAGAAGUACAAUUACCAUCUAUUGUGGAAUUUAUUGGCUCUUAUAUAUCUGGCCGGGUAACACAUUUGAAGAUCUUUGGAAAGACAGGGUCAACAAAAUCAAAGUAUUUGGAGUCUCUAAUGAAACGAUUGGAAUUCAUGAUUCAAGUACCAAAGUUUAACAAGAGACCCCUAUUACAAGAUGUCCAAAUGAAUUUACUCUCAUCUACAGUUAUUUUUUGGUUAAGAAAUCCAUUUGAAGAUAUUGAUAUGCGAAUAAUGAAUAUAAAUGGAUCAGCAAGUUAUCAAGUACAAAAGAUUGGUACAAUGUAUGCUAACUUUAUGAAAGAACCUUUAGCUUUACCUCCAGUAUGGUGUGAACAAGACGAAUGUACUGGAUUUGUAGUACAAAGUCCUAAAAUACCAGUGACAAUGAAGAAAUUAGGAUUAGAAGCUAUUUCCAAAGCAUUAGGUGGAAAAAUAGUUAUAGGUGUAGACAGUAUAGUGACAGUGAUGAUCGAUUCUUUUUUAUUGACUGGGUUAGAAUACAAAAGGGAGAAUAUUACUGCCAUUAUUAAAAAAACUUUUUGA